AAGCACCAUCACCAACACAUCCCCCCCCCCUCUCUCUCUCUCUCUCUCUCUCUCACACACUCAGUGGGCGUUGUGGGUUGGGGUUUCUCCAAAGGGUUGUAAACAUGGCUGCCUUUGGGGGCUUCUCCAUCAGGGAUUACGUAUCCAAGAUGAGGGCUGUGGACGUGGGGAAGUGCUGGCCUUUCAGUGGAGACCCAGAAGAGUCCAUCCUGCCUCCCAUGGCCGCCCCCAAGUUCCGCUGGUGGUCCGACCAUGCAUAUCCGCUGCCACGUCACCACCUCGAUGAGGAGGACGACCCCAAACCCAAACUGGACUCACAGACACAGACUACUAUGGGUACUGCUACCACUACUUCCCGCCCCCAGCUGAGGAAGAGGAGGAGGCCUCUGCCCAGACCCACCAAGAAAAGAUCCAUCCUUGACAUUUUCGCUGUCUCCCCCAAGAUCGAAAACCAUUCAGUCAACAGAAACAACAACCACUCGAAGAUGAUGGAGGAGAAAGUUGAUCAAAUUUCCAUUAAUAAGACUAAGACUAUGAAGAAAAAGCACAACUACUUCCUCAUCAACAAGAAGAUCAACAACAACAAUAAGAACAAGCCUCCCCAAGAAUCAAUUGCUACCAAGGAAAAUAAUCAUAAGCUAAAACUGCCAAAUCCAGCCAGUUUUAUCAGAAACGUGAACGAUUCAUCAUGCAGUUCAGGAUUUGUGAAGAAUGUUUCAGAUGAUAGUUGUAUUGUAAGAACGAAAUCAGGUGUGAAAUGCUUAUCUGCACCAAAGAAGCCGAAGAAUGCUCAAAGAAGCAAAAUGAUUGCGAAGAAACAAAAAACAGUACUUCCUGUUCAAGGUGUUGUUAAAAAGAAUGUGAGAGUUACUUCAGGACGGAAAUUUGCUGUUCAUGAUGUGCAUGAUGGUCGACAGGUAAAUGAUUGUGACAUUCAACAUUUGGAUAGGCAUGCUAGGUUCUUAGGUGAGGAUGACAUUUGCGGUCCUGCAAAGAGAAAUAUUUCUUUCUCUGACCAAAGAGCAGGCCAAUUAUGUCCAGAUGUCCCCAUUCCUACACUAGAGAAUGCCAAGUCUGCUGAACUUGAUAAGGAACUAGUGAUUAUGGAUGCAAAUGGAACAGCUGAUCAUGUUUCCAUUAGUCAGGAAAUGGGAAGUGAGAUACAGUCCGUUAUUGAAAAGAAUCACUUGCCUGAUAUCUGUGGUCAUGUUGGGGUGCCAACUUUUCUGAAGCCCCAUAACAGUUGUCAAGAAAAAGCGAGGCAUUUCUGCAAUCAACCUGUAUGCCAAGGUCAAGAUUCUUUUAAUGAUAAAUUGUGUUUGUUUAGUUCGAGGAACCAAAGUACAGCAUAUAGGCCCUCAUAUACCGGCUCUGGAAAAUCCAGUUCUGCAGUUCCAGAAGCAAAUGAUAUUCCCUGCUUGAGCUUUGCUGUAGAUGGUAAUGAUCGUAGAGAUUCCAAUUCCAAUAAAAAUUUAAUUGAUUAUUUUCAAUAUCACAGGCGUGGGGCUGCUGCAACAGGUUACAGGCCUGCAUUUCCGCUUGCCUUGUCAUAUGAGUUUGCAAUAAAAGGAAAUCCAAAUUGGACAGUUCCAUUUUCGACUGAAGCUUCCAUGGAUAAUGUCAAUAAUGCUUCGGGGAAUCUUCUGUCACCUGGGGAAGUAUUGAGUAGUUUUUUUCAAUUUCCAGACUGGAAACGAGCAAUGAACUCAAGAGAACAGUGUGCCAAUGAGGAAUAUUUUGGUUUGCCUCUCAAUUCGCAAGGAGAGCUGAUCCGUCUUAAUUCCAGGACUAGCGGUGGGUGUACCCAUCUGCAUAAGAGCUUGAAUACAGCUUCUCACUAUAAAUUUCCUUUGCACGAACUACUUCAUCAGCGAAGUAUGAGAGAUCAUUCAAGUGUGGAGAUGGAGCAAUUUACUGACAGAGUGCCUAAGAAAGAUCUGAUCAAUUCUUUUUCUGCUCAUAAUCAUUUGAAAGAGAUCGUAAACAUGCACAUGCCCAGUAAAACAGGCUGUACUGAGUCGAGUGCUCCAAGAGAACUUACCAAAAAAAGUGCUCGAAGAGAAGGCGUUAAGAGUCCUGAGUCUAGGAGGGGAAUGAACUACUCCAGCCACCCUUUGAAUUCCGACCUGAAUUUGACAAACUUCCCUCUCAAUGGAAGUAGGCAAUGUGACCCGGUUCCUAACCAACGGCAAAAUGGAUUGGUUCUGCCAACAGAAAACAUAGAUCACACAAUGCUAAACAUGUCUCAACUGACAAUGCGAUUAAUGGGGAAGGAUGUUGUGGUCAGUGGCAGUAGGAGAGAAAUGCAAGAAUUUGAGGACAAUAGCAUUUGGACUGAUAAGGAAAUCGUAGUGGAUCAUCUUCCAAAAGAUGCCAUAGAAAAUUCUUUAGCGAAAGCACAUUUUCAACUGGAGCAGCUUUUUAACCCAUCAGACGGAAUUCCUAGAAGAGCUCAAGUGCAGCCAUUAGGAAUGCAAGGCAACCAGCACACUGAUGCUGGAGAACAAAGUUUCAGCCUUUCCUUUAAGAGGAAUUGUGAUCUUAGUUUACCCCCCUUUUCUCAUCCUCACAGUUAUCCUGCAAUGCCUAAUUGCAAGGUCAACAACUUCUGCGGGCCUUUUCCUUCUAGAUCAGAUGGUCCAAGGGUCAGCUCUCAGCUACCACUAGUGUUAACUUCUCAGAGUACCUAUCGGCAAAUAGGUGAAAUCCCAGUUGAACUCAAUCCCGUACAGAACCUACCUCAUUCCGCAAGAUCAGUAAUUGGCUUCCCUUUCUUGUAUCCACACUGUACAGAACAAGAAUUGCCAUUUUGGUUUUCCAGCUCUGCUAAGAAUCUGCCACCGUGGUUGGUAUGUGCUAGGCAAUCGGAAACCAUAUCAAUGACUACUCAACCUUUUCCUGAUGUGGAUGGUAAACAAUAUCCCUAUUGCAUGGAUCCAUUUUCAGUAGUUUCACUCCCUCAAAAUCUGGCAAUUUCUGAGUCAUAUGUGAAGAGUUCACUUGGUCCGGUACCGAACGUCCAUCCUACACUUGCUAAAGUCAUUCCAGUAGCCAAAAUGACUUCCCUCGACUGCAGAAACACAGUCACAGCUAAAGAAAAAAUGAGGAGCAAAGAUCUUGAUGUUGAAGGUUUUGAUCGCCGCCUAAAAGCCAAGAAGAGAGCUGCAGCUAAACCGGAUGAUUCAGCAAGGCCCACAAAGUUACCAAACGGAAGUGCCAUGUCAUGGUCGAAAAGAGGACAAUUUAGCAGUAAAUUGCAGUGUAACGUAGACGUUCCGGCAAUCAAGUCAUGCAGAAAUGAAGCAUGUGGUGAACGAUGCCACUUAAAUGGGACUCAACAUGAUCAGCUUAGAACUUUACCUGUCAUUGAUUCGUCUAGAGCAGCAGAUAAUGCAGGAAGCGGGCCAGGUCCUAUUAAACUUAGUGCAGGAGCAAAGCACAUUCUGAAGCCCAGUCUGAGUAUGGAUGAGGAUGUUGGCAAUCCAACCUAUUCAACUGUCCCCAUUGUUUCAGUCACUGAUGGUGGUAGCUUCUUCGAACCCCAGAACAAAAGAGGCAAAAUUUUCAGAUUUUAGGAGAUCGAAGACUACUCAAGUCCAAGAGCUCUUGUUUUGGAAUUCAAAGAAAUUAAGCAUCGCAUUGUAAUAUGUCCAGGUGUUUCUGCUUUCAGUAUUGCUGGUGGUGAAUUUGCAGUUGAAGAGGCAGGCAUUUGUAAUAAUUGUUUUUAGGCUUUGGCCAAUGGCUUGGAUCCGCGACAUGAGGUCGUCUACGCUAAUUUCUGUUCUUUUUGGUGUAGUAUGUUGUGACUAUAUAUGCAAGUUGUUUCAUGUAAUGUUUUUGGCAUCA